AUGUUCCCUCGUCGUCUCCUCUUUCACCUUCGCCUCCUUGUACUCUUACGCCGCACUGCAGCUGCUGUCUGCUUUCGUCAUCGCAUCGAGAUCUACAAGCUAUCAUAUGUAGCCCAUCCACUCCUUGUACUCUGUACACGCCCCGGAAUAGAGCUGGCCCUUCCAAACGCACCUCCGAUCGCACACCUGCCUAAUCGAACAUCGCCCACCUGCUCGCGAACAUCGCCGCUGAGUCCCAACUCGGCAUCAAAGAGCCUUCCGUCUUCAAAUUCGCCCUUCUCGCCACACUUCUCCGGCCGCCCCGGCCGGUCUUCCCCAAGCGACGCCGUUCCGAAUCCCCAUCCUGCCUACAAUGAAGUCGACUUAUAUGCCCUUAGUGAAUCGUUUACGCGCGUCCGUCUAACAUAUCCGUUCGCGUACGUAUACAGUGCCGCCGUCCCUUCUGCGACCGCCGCCCCGCCCAUGUUCAAAGAUUCGGACCGGCCCGCGCCCAAGGCCUCGGACCCACCCGUCCUCAUUGACACCCCGCUCUUAAUGACUAGGACUCCCCGCCCUUUUUGA